AUGACCAAGUACCCAAGUUUCAAUGACCCUAUUACAUAUGAUACUGAAUCAAUGAUCAAAACUAAGUGCCAAGCGAAGAAAAAACAGUGGAACGUCCAACCGUCCGACUUUUCCAAGCUCUGCUCAAACCCAAUACGAAGAAUUGUCGAUAAUAUCAAAAAGCCCUCGACUUCGACCAAGACUUUGAUUCCGCUUUCACUCGGUGACCCGACAGUGUUUGGCAACUUGCAUUGCCCUGAUGUAUUGGUACAGGCCGUUGUUCGUCAUACUCGAUCAAUGCAUCACAAUGGCUACAUUCACUCCGCCGGUUCGGAAGCAGCCCGUGCAGCUAUCGCUCAGCGUUUUGGAAAUCACAGUGCCCCAUUGACAGCAGAUGACAUUAUUAUCGCUAGUGGAUGCUCUGGUGCCAUUGAAAUUGCUUUGCAGGGUUUACUAAACCCCGGUGACAAUAUUCUUCUCCCAAAACCGGGCUUUCCCUUGUACCAAGCACUUUGUGAAGCGCACAAGAUUGAAUGCAGAUUCUACAAUCUCAUGCCGGAAAACAAUUGGGAGGCUGAUCUGGAGCACAUGCAGUCCUUGGUUGAGGACAAUACAAAGGCUAUUUUGGUCAACAACCCAUCUAAUCCAUGCGGCAGUGUCUAUUCAAAGACUCACUUGGAGAAAAUUCUUGGUUUGGCGGAGCUGAACAAGAUUCCCGUCAUCGCGGAUGAAAUUUAUGGCGAUAUGGUAUUCGGAAACAACGCGUUUUAUGCCAUGGCGACAUUGACAAAGACGGUGCCUGUAGUGGCUGUGGGUGGCUUGGCGAAGCAAUUCUUGAUACCUGGCUGGAGGGUAGGUUGGGUCAUGGUGCACGACCGCAAUAAUGUCCUGAAAGACGUGCGCACUGCGUAUUUCAAGUUGUCACAAAAUAUUCUUGGAGCGAACUCGCUUGUCCAGAGUAUAAUUCCGGACGUGCUUACGCCGGUUUCGGGAAGUCCUGAAGAGCAAUCAUUGGUAGACUUCAAGAAGCACUAUUUCUCAACUCUGGAGGAAAAUGCCAAGUUUACGAUCCAAACUCUCAUGAGAAUACCGGGACUGGAGGUGGUGGUUCCUCAGGGUGCGAUGUAUGCUAUGGUAAAAAUUAGAACCGACAUCCUAGCCAAGAUCAAGGAUGACUUGGACCUUACACAAAAGCUGCUGGAUGAAGAAUCUGUCUUCGUGUUGCCUGGACAGUGUUUUGGGAUGGCCGACUACUUCCGUAUCGUGUUUUCAGCACCACACGAGGUACUUGCUGACGCCUUCAUUCGCCUUGCCGAGUUCUGUUAUCGUCAUCAAUGA